AUGAUCAUUCCGGUCAGGUGUUUCACCUGUGGCAAAGUGGUCGGAGACAAAUGGGAGAGCUAUAUUGGUCUUCUUCAGGCUGAGUAUGCUGAGGGUGACGCACUGGACACACUGGGACUUCGUCGCUACUGUUGUCGACGUAUGAUUCUCUCCCACGUGGACUUGAUAGAAAAGCUUCUGAAUUAUGCUCCCCUUCAAAAGUGA